GGUCGCUGGACUAUGCUAAAGAACAUGCCCGGGAUAUCCUUUGUGACUUUGAGUCCAGAGGUUCCUUAUCCUUCCCUGGCCUGUCAUCUUCUUUACCAGACUUCAACUCCCCCCUACCUGCAUAACUGACCAAUCAGACAUUGCUUCAUGAAACCAUGCCAGUCUCCAGUCUCUCCACGAAGCCGCUGUCUCACCUUCCUGCAAAGCGAGGAUUGCCGAGGUUGAGAAGAGCAUUGAGUCCUACGUUUAAAUCAAGAAUAAGGAUGAAUCUCGGAAACCAUGACGAAACCAGCAAGUCUCUGUACCUUGGGAUAGACUUUGGAACUUCAGGUGCCAGAUACGCUCUUAUUGACAAGCAAGGGGCCAUCCAUUCGGAAGGAAAACGAACUUACCCACCGGUUGGCAAUGCCACAGAUUGGGCAAGCUCCUGGAAAGAAGCACUCUUCCACCUUCUGGGCGAUGUCCCGUCCAUUUACAGGCCAUCCAUCUCCUCCAUUUCCAUUGAUGGGACUUCAGCAACCACUCUCAUCAUUGACAGAAACAAUGGUGGGCUUCUUGCUGGACCAUUCCUGUACAACGAGAGCUUUCCUGACGCGGUUCCCGCGGUCGAAUCGAUUGCCCCAGCGAACCAUACGGUAUGCUCUGGUUCUUCCACCCUAUGCAAGCUUGUGUCAUGGUGGAACUCGAAUUGUGGCCAUGAUUCGGCGCUGUUGAUGCAUCAGUCAGACUGGCUGCUGUGGCUUCUGCAUGGCGAAUAUGGUGUUUCUGACUACAACAAUACUCUGAAGGUAGGGUAUGAUCCAGAGAUUGACUCCUACCCAAGCUGGUUGACGGCACAACCAUAUGCACACAUGUUACCUUCUGUCAGAGCACCAGGAGCUCCUAUUGGUCCUAUCAAAGAAGACUUACGCUCACAAUUUGGUUUUUCCAAGAACUGUGUCGUCUGUACUGGAACUACGGACAGCAUUGCAGCAUUUCUUGCAGCCCGCACCACUGAACCAGGAAAAGCUGUCACAUCACUGGGCUCAACCAUGGCAAUCAAGCUCCUCAGCAGAGUCCGUGUGGAGGACGCGAGGUUUGGUGUGUACAGCCACCGACUCGAUGACAUGUGGCUUGUCGGAGGGGCAUCGAACACCGGCGGAGCAGUCCUGAGGCAGAUCUUCACUGAUGACCAGCUGCUCGUACUGAGCAGGGACAUCGACCCAUCGGUUCCUUCUCCGCUUGACUACUACCCUCUGCCAAAGAAAGGAGAGAGGUUCCCGGUGUCCGAUCCCAGCAUGGUGCCAAGAUUGCAGCCUCGGCCCGACAGCGAUGCGGAGUAUUUGCACGGCAUCUUAGAGUCGAUUGCACGGAUUGAGGCCAAUGGGUACAAACUGCUCAAGGAGCUUGGUGCGACCGCGGUGGAGGAGGUGUUCACAGCGGGAGGGGGAGCACAGAACGAGAAGUGGACGGUGAUUCGGGAGAGGGUGCUUGGCGUGCGGGUCCAGAAGGCGGAGCAGACUGAGGCAGCAUAUGGAGCUGCAUUGCUAGCACUCAAGGGCGCUAUUAGCUAGUACAUGCCGACCAAGGCAGGCCUACUGUGACACUGCCUAAGUAAGCUCAUGUUUAUAGAGAUCAGAAAAAAUUCAGUUUACAAGUUGGUACUAGAGUGUAUUAUAGACAUAUAGUCAACUAUCUGCUCCCUGAUCCUAAUAGUGCAGAGGUUUACAUGCGGCAUUAAGAUUUUUUUUAGAAGAACAGGGCAUAGCCCCGAUUCCAUUUCUGAAACCAGCAACAUUACAGAGUCA